AUGAGAACAGUUUUGAUGGUUACGUUGACAAGAAGAUUGGCAGUCUACCAACACCCUGCCGUGGACGUUGCCAACAAAAAGGACCUCUUGAACGAGAGGUUGACUGUCCUCUCCUCAAACCAUCUCGACCAGGAGAAGUCCAAAUGCGAACGGAUUUUGUUGGCCGGGCCGUUCAUCGUUGGUUUCAACAGCUUCGACGACUACAAAGUAUGGUCCAUGCCACCAAAGCUGGAAAGGACACUGCCGAUGCAAUUGAAUAUCGCAGUUCCUUGUGGCGGGCAAUUCGCAAAGCCAAAGGCUUUGACGGCCUGGCACAACAGACAGCGCAAAAAGCUUCUGAUAGCUCAGUACCAAGCCAACACCAACAAGAUCUUCGAGGUGGUGAGAAAAGAGCCUAAAGGAGGGGUCAACUACUUGGAGAAGACCUCUUAUGUCACCAUCCUGGACAACCAUGAUGAAACCUCAAAAGUGCACGUGGACAUUGCUCAUGAAAUCACCUUGCCUGCCUCUCUCAAACUUGGGGAUCAGGUGAUACCUAUCCGAGAUCAAGAUGGUAAAGUCAUCACCCUUGAAGGAAAAUGGCUGUUACAGGAAGGCCGAGAAGGUGAAAUCGUGGAACAUGCCACUCUGACGCAACAGAUUCAGCAGCAGCUCAUUGACUUCUGGAAGCCUAGAUGGUGGAAAGACACACUUCCGCAACUAGCUGAACGGGAUCGGAUUGUCAACUUUGCCAAAGCAUAUCUGCCCUCAGGACGCUUGGAACAUGUGGAUAUUUCUACAGAAGCAUGGGCUGACAUCAACAGAAGAUAUGGACCAAGAGCUGCUCGUGGGCCUGACGGAAUUGGUCACCAUGACUUGCGAAAGAUGCCUGAGAUUUUCCAGAAUGAACUGGUGGACAUCCUGAACCAAUUUGAACAGUGCACAUAUUGGCCUGAAGUGUGGAGAACAGGCUUUGUGCACUCGCUUGAGAAAAAGGAGGGGGCCACCAAGGUCAACGAGUAUAGACCAGUGAUCAUAUAUUCUAUGAUUUAUCGGUCAUGGGGUUCAUUGCGGGCUCAAAAGUUUCUGCAUUUCCUGUCCAAGCUGGUUGACGACAAGCAGCUGGGCUUCAUGCCAGGUAGAGAAGUGGCGGAAGUCUGGAUGCUUCUGCAAGGGUUGGUGGAAGUAAGCAUACAAGAGGGAGAAGAGCUCAUGGGCUUUGUCACCGACAUACGAAAAGCUUUUGAAUCACUUCCCCGGGAUCCAAUCUUCGAAAUUGCCUUGCACUUGGGACUACCAUUACGGCCACUCCAAUUAUGGAAACACUUCCUAUCCACAACUGAAAGACGCUUCAUGGUGCGUGGGGAGAUCAGCGAAGCUGUACUCUCCAACCAUGGAUUUCCUGAAGGUUGUUCUCUGUCAUGCGUGGCCAUGUUGAUAGUGGGGUUAACACUUCAUAGCUACAUGAAUGAGUUCUCCAAGAGAUGUGACACAAUCUCGUAUGUGGAUAACAUUGAACUACUUGCCCGCCAUUUGGGAAGUCUUCAACAUGGAGUACUCACUAUGCAAACGUGGACAGAGAUGUGGAAACUGGAAUUGGAUGAGGACAAAUCGUAUCUGUGGACCACGAAGGCUACUGGGAGAAAGGAAGCCAAGGUUCUUGGAUGGGAUGUCGUACAAUCAGCCAAAGAUUUGGGAGCACAGCUCCUCUAUGGAAAAUCCAGAAACAUUCAAGUUCAGGUGCAACGCUUUGCGGGGCUGGAGACUAUGAACAAGAUCAAGCCACAUGGAUUGAGCUCUAUUUUUCGUUUGCAAGAUGGCACCUUUGUGGAGCCCUCCCAACACGUCAAGUAUGACCUGGGCAAGGUUACCACAUGCAAUCAAUGCGGGGGUGAGGAUUCCACGGAGCACAGAUGUACUUCGUGUCCAGCUUGGGCAGUAGUGAGUGCCACAGCCGAUGCCUGCGUGGCAAAGGGUGCACUUGGUGGAAUUGGACAAGACAAUGACCGAGCCGAACUUCGUGCAAUCAUUGCCGCGGUUGAAUAUGCCUUGGUUAGCCAGAGAGAAACGACCAUUUGGACGGACAGCACCUUUGGGGCGGAAGGACUCUCUCGCCUCUUACAUGAUGCCAUGGACAUUCCAGAUGGUCAUUGCGAAGAUGACUGGAUGGAACUGCAGGGGCUACUUCGUCUAUGUGAAGGGCGACUACAUGUUCAACACAUUCCCAGUCAUGUGGGAUGGAGUCAUCAGGAUGCAGAUGUCGACAAUUGGGCAGCCAGGUGGAACGACCGGGCUGAUCGAGAAGCCAAUAUGGCCAUGCGACUACAUGGACGCGAUCUACUUGCUCUUCAUCAACGACUUUGGGCACACCAUGAAGGUGAGCUUGCAGAUCUAUGUGCACUACAAGAACUUCACCUGGACAUUGUGGAGAAGCAGAAGGUCGAACAGAGAAGUGAGCAUCCCCACGAUGUUGAUGGGGAAGAUGAUUUUGGCGACUGGAGGGUUCAUAGAGGGUGCCCCGACAGUUGUAUGCCAUUUCGUGGGCUUCCGGAGUCAUCUGACGCUGGAUGGGUGAUGCUUUAUGAAUCUUUUGGGCGAACCUUCGUCAACAACUUUGUCCAGGCUCUCACACCAUGGGAGGAGGACGCCGACACAGUGAUCUGCAAAGUGUCCUUUCUGGAGAUUGCCACGUUCCUUGCAGUUGACGGGAGACGGUGGACACCUACACCCCACACUGAUCGACCAGGAUGUUGGCAAGACAGAAAUGCAUUCAACUUCUACGAGCCGAACUUGGGCGCACUUGUUCGAUUAGCCAAAAGCUUUCUGAGGGCUCUGGCCAAUCCGUUGGCCAAACGAUCUUGCCCGGCCUAUGCGGACCUGAUUUGCUCAUGUCUCACAACCGCCACUGCUGAUGCUGUGGCGUUGCGAACCGACAGAGCCUCGGUCUACAACCUCUUCGGUCAGCAGAUGGUGCAGAAUGCCGUGGAAGGUCUACAUGGCUGCGUGAUUGCUUGCGGGCCUUGUGGCAGCGGCAAGAGCCACACCAUCUUCGGUGCCCGGCAACAGGAGCAACAGGGCUUGGUCCCCCGUGUGGCAGAGGGCAUUUUUCGCCUCCUGCGGUCCAAGGGGGAGAAGCACCUGGUGAAGUUCUCUUACCUCGAGCUGUACAACGAGUACGGGAUCCCUGGGAGACCACGCUGGUGA